AUGUUUGGAGGUUUUAACAAUAAUAAUAGUAAUAGAGGUGGUAACAGUGGGUAUAGAGGGAAUAGAGGUGGUGGCGGUGGUGGAUAUAAUAGAGGUGGUGGAUACAACAGAGGUGGCGGUGGUGGAUACAAUAGAGGCGGUGGUGGUGACGGAUACAACAGAGGUGGCGGUGGUGGAUACAAUAGAGGAGGCAGAGGAGGUAGAGGAGGAAAUAGAAAUCACUACCAACAACCAAAUAGCAGUGGUGGCGGUAACCCAGCAACUUUUAUAACAACAUUCUACUUUAAACCAUCUUUUCUUGAAGAUCCAUGGAAACAUCUGAUAAGUAACCCAAUAAACACAACACCUAUAGAUACUACUACAACAACAUCGACUAUAUCGACAACCUCACAAAUACCUGUAAACAAUGAUAAUAACAAUAAUACCACAAGAGACGCUCCUACUUCUACUUCUACGACAACUACCUACAAAGAUAGUAAUGAAAUCGAAAUAUAA